GGAGAAGGAAAACGAAUUUGGCUCUGCUUGUUUCUUGAGCGCGGACUCACCUGGGCGGGACUGCCGUGACUUUUCGUGGCUGUGGUUUCGACCGUUUGUCGUUUGUCUCCGCGAAUUUCCCUCUUUCUUGUUUAAACGCAUUGACGUCUCACACAGGCCGCCGGCCGUAAACAUGUAUGUUGAUGCUGCCUAAAAAGGAAAAUUUCGAGUCGGAAAGAGCCCCGUCUGCGUUGCGGCGCUUCGCCAGUGCUGAAACACUUGUCGCAGAGCAAACCUGGAUAAACGUUGGACCGCCUCCCAAAUCUUUCUCGUUUUGAAGCUGCCAGAUGUGCCACGCUUCUUUUAUAAAUGAUCUGUAAACUAAUUUCGCCGAGAGUCCUACAGAAACAGUUCGGCGGCCUUCGGACUAUGUGCACUUUGCAAGAGGGGCUCUGCCUGUUCUCAGACUCUCUCCGUCUCUGACGUUGAUUUUUCGUUCCCCUCCGGUUUCGCUUUAUUCGUUUCUCGCCACCACGAAUACCCGGAAGGUGUGUUUCUUGCCUCCGGCUGCUGAGAAUGCCUCCUCUCAAGCACCUUCCCCUUUGACUUGUUCACCUGGAAGCAGAGCCCCCAGAGUCGAUUCACUUUCGUACCAUUCGUUGAAACGCGCUUUCUUUCUAUUUUUUUUUUUGCGUUUCUGCUUGUAGACCUACUCGUUUGAAUCUACGUGUUCGAAGUGGGCAUUUCCUGCUUUUUUGCACCUUUUCCCCGUCUCUUCCUUAAAUCUCAUCCGUGCCUCUCUGUCUUCCCUACAUGUGCACUUCUGCUUCCUCAUCAGCCUCUGUGCAGAACAAGGAAACGCGAAUCUUCCCCCCUGUGCUUAUACAUCGCCUCGUCUAUACCCGUGUCAGAUUGUGUUCGCGAAAGCAUCGACGCGACUCUGCGUCCAAGUCUUGGUCUUUUGUGUCCUGUUUCUCGGUUACGUUUUUUUAUCCGAACGAAAGGGACAGAGGAAACCGCUUUUCUCCAACAUGAAGGAAAGAGUCCAACCUCAGGCGCCUGCGGGGACGGACAUCUCAGGGGGCUCCGUUCUCCCGCUUCGAGUCCAGGCGUCUGUCGACAGAAAAAUCGACAACGGAGAUUUGUACGACGCCCACCAGCUGGUUCGCACUCUGUUCUUCAGGUUUAUGGCGAAGCGUGAAACCUUGCAAGCCGUCGAACUCUGUCGCCUCUACGGCCUCAGGUUUGCAGGCUUAGACCAGGAGGCUCUCGCCGUCGAUUUAGGCAUGAACAUGCUGACGGCGCUGGAGGCCAGUGGCACUGAAGAGGAGGAGACAGCCCCGAGUGAACCUCAGCUCGACCAGAUCAUCGAGCUUUUCAAUGCAUGCGCAGCAGCAGGCGACAAGAAAGGAGUCGACAAAUACAAAUUCAUCAACCGUGCACUCAAGUGGUCUCGCACCCCUCAGGCGCCUUUCGGUCAUGUCCGGCUGCAUCGCGCCGCCGCAGACGCCUACUGGAAGGAGCGGCGCUAUGGCUUGUGUCAGGGACAUUUGAUUUACUGUCGAGAUCCAGAGGCCCUCUCUCAGAUGCUGAAGGAGUGGCAGGCGACAGGGUACUUGAGUGAGAGGCCAUUUUUCUGGCUGCGUCUCGUCCUCAUUCUUCUCUGUCUUCGGGACACAGAGACAGCCGAAAAACUUUUAGACAGUUCAGGCGAGAACUGGACUUCCUUUGAGGUGCCUGCACCGCUGCAGCUGGCCUAUUUGCUCGUGUGUGCAUGCAAGUACAAAAGCGGGAAGUUGUUUGAUCUUUUGAAACAGAAAUACCACCUCGUUCUUCGCCGAGAUCCAACGUUUGCAAAGUACAUGGACGAAAUCGAGAAGCGGACGAUCGGGAGAAUUCAGCGACCCAGCACAGGCCUGGCGUCGCUCUUCUCCUCUCUCAUGGCCGGUCUCACUGCUGACGAUGAAGCCUAGAAGAGAGACGAGAAACCAAGGACGUCCAGAAGGCAAAGAGAGGAGAGAACCAGAGACGCAGGCAGGGCAGAAAGCAUGCGCGUCUCUGCGGGAGUGGCCGCUUAAAAAACGGGACAGGAUUUCCAAAGGUGAACACAGUUGCCUUGCGCUUCUCGAGAGUGAUCUGUCUCUGCUGUCCCCGCUGGCCUCUCCGUGUAUCUUCUUUUCCUAAUGCUUCCCUCUCCACCGAGCGGCCGCAAUCGGGCGGCAGUCCGCCUCGCAUUUCUGGGGUUGUGCAUGUCGUCUUCCAUUCGUUUCGGAACGCGUAGAUUGCCGGUCUUGUACCCUCGACGGACAGGAAAGGACUCACCGCCGUCUCGUGGCACCGCAUCUAUGCAUCUGCACAAGUACAGAUUUUCUCAUGCACAGACAUACACAUGCAUCUAUACAUAAACAUAUAAUCGUAGAACAUGCAUAUGUACGUAUAUACAUCUUUUCAUGUGUCGAGAGGUAGACCCAGCAGGUGCGUGUAUGUGUACGGCAAUUUCGGGUGGAGGGUGGGAGCAGAAAAGGCGAGGAAUUUCGCGAUUGUGCGGUGGUGCGACUUCGUCGGAUCUUCUUUUCAAGACAUGUUUCUCUCCGAUUCUCGACGUUGUGUUUUCACUGAGCGGCGCCGGCGUAAGUCAGAGUCAGGAACAACUCCAGUUUAAGACAGUCGCCUUCAGGAUUCAAGCCUCAGACAUAUCACAGAUGGAUGCUUUUUAAACACCAGAUGGAGUGCGUUGACAGUUCCCAAGGCGUGACCGCUCCGAAAGAGCCCUGGAAAAACGCGAGAAGGACGUCUGUAACCUGCGGAAAACUGAAGACAAAACUGCUCGAAAGCAGCGUCGGCUUUGUUUCUCCCAUUUCCAACGGGAACCCGAAACGCCGGAAGCUUCACCAGAGAGCCUGCUUUCCUCAGCGCGCAGCCGAAGCAAAACGGCCUCACCAUGGGGCGAGGCCUGAGAUUCUCUCACAAAAAAGGAUAAGCCACACAGGUGGAACUGCCAGAGUCCUCUGUGUCACCUUCCCGCAAAUCCAAAAAAAGACGCCCGCAUUUGCCCUUCACAUGCUUCUCCUUCUCGACCCCCCCUUCCGAUUUCUACACCAUAAACACCUGUAGGAUAGAGAAAUGCACCAAACCUGUUUCGCUCACAAAUUGAUAUAAACAUAC